AUGGCAGCGCGCCCGCCGCCCGCGCCCCCCGCCCGCGCCCUCCUGCUCGCCCUGGCCGGGGCUCUGCUCGCGCCACGCACGGCCCGAGGGCUGAACCUGGGAAGCAGGUUCGGACCUUCGGUGCAACCGGCUGGAGCGGGCGACGGGGGAGGAGCUUAUGAAGUGGUCGCUGCGUCUCUUCUGAGCGGAGACCCGUGGAACCCAACCAAGGACGUGGACUCGGAGAAUCAUCCAGGAGUGUUGAAUUUUCGAAUACAACUGGAAAGCAAAGAACUGAUCAUAAAUCUGGAAAGAAAUGAAGGUCUCAUUGCUAGCAGUUUCACGGAAACCCACUACCUGCAAGAUGGCACUGACGUCUCCCUCAUUCGCAAUUACACAGGCCAUUGUUACUACCACGGACGUGUGCAAGGAUAUCCUGGUUCGACGGUCAGUGUCAGCACCUGUUCUGGUCUCAGGGGACUUAUUACCUUUGAAAAUAACACCUAUAUUUUGGAGCCAAUGAAAAAUGCAACCAACAGAUACAAACUCUUCCCCGUGGAGAACCUGCAGGGCGCCUGGGGAUCGUGCGGCUCCCACCCCAACGUGUCCGGCCUCGCCGCGCACAGCAGGCUCCUGUCGCCCUCCCGGACGCGAACAAGGAGGCAUAAAAGAGAGACCCUCAAGAUGACCAAGUAUGUGGAGCUGGUUAUCGUAGCAGACAACCGAGAGUUUCAGAGGCAAGGAAAAGAUCUGGAAAAAGUUAAGCAGCGAUUAAUAGAGAUCGCUAAUCACGUUGACAAGUUUUACAGACCACUGAACAUUCGAAUCGUGUUGGUCGGUGUGGAGGUGUGGAAUGACAUUGACAAAUGCUCUGUAAGUCAGGACCCAUUCGCGAGCCUCCACGAGUUUCUGGACUGGAGAAAGAUGAAGCUUCUACCUCGCAAGUCCCAUGACAACGCACAGCUUAUCAGUGGAGUCUAUUUCCAGGGGACCACCAUUGGCAUGGCACCCAUCAUGAGCAUGUGCACCGCGGAACAGUCAGGAGGAAUCGUCAUGGACCAUUCAGACAGUCCCCUGGGCGCGGCCGUGACCCUGGCACACGAGCUGGGCCACAAUUUCGGCAUGAACCACGACACGCUGGAGAGGGGCUGUAGCUGCAAAACGGCUGCCGACAAAGGAGGCUGCAUCAUGAACCCUUCAACCGGGUACCCGUUCCCCGUGCUGUUCAGCAGCUGCAGCAGGAGGGACCUGGAGGCCAGCCUGGAGAAGGGCGUGGGCAUGUGCCUCUUUAACCUGCCGGAAGUGAGGCAGGCUUUCGGGGGCCGGAAGUGCGGGAACGGAUACGUGGAAGAAGGAGAGGAGUGUGACUGCGGGGAGCCGGAGGAGUGUCUGAAUUCCUGCUGCAACGCCACCACCUGCACGCUGAAGCCAGACGCCGUCUGCGCGCACGGGCUGUGCUGCGACGCCUGCCGGCUGAAACCUGCGGGAACAGCCUGCAGGGAGCCCAGCAACUCCUGCGACCUCCCGGAGUUCUGCACGGGGGCCAGUCCUCACUGCCCAGCCAAUGUGUAUCUGCAUGACGGGCACCCGUGUCAGGGGGUGGACGGCUACUGCUACAACGGCAUCUGCCAGACCCACGAGCAGCAGUGCGUCACCCUCUGGGGACCAGGUGCUAAACCUGCCCCUGGGAUCUGCUUUGAGAGAGUCAACUCUGCAGGUGACCCUUAUGGCAACUGCGGCAAAAACUCCAAGAGUUCCUUUGCCAAGUGUGAGCUGAGAGAUGCUAAAUGUGGAAAAAUCCAGUGUCAAGGAGGUGCCAGCAGGCCAGUCAUUGGUACCAAUGCCGUUUCCAUAGAGACGAAUAUCCCGCUGCAGGAAGGCGGUCGGAUUCUGUGCCGUGGGACCCACGUGUACUUGGGCGAUGACAUGCCGGACCCUGGGCUCGUGCUUGCCGGCACAAAGUGUGCGGAUGGAAAAAUCUGCCUCAACCGCCGCUGUCAGAACGUCAGCGUCUUCGGGGUCCACGAGUGCGCGGUGCAGUGCCACAGCCGAGGGGUGUGUAACAACAGGAAGAACUGCCACUGCGAGGCCCACUGGGCACCUCCCUUCUGUGACAAGUUUGGCUUUGGAGGCAGCACAGACAGCGGCCCCAUCCGGCAAGCAGAUAACCAAGGUUUAACUAUAGGAAUUCUGGUGACCAUCCUCUGUCUUCUUGCUGCUGGAUUUGUGGUUUAUCUCAAAAGGAAGACGUUCAUACAACUGCUGUUUACAGAUAAAAAAACCACCAUCGAAAAGCUAAGGUGUGCGCGCCCUCCCCGGCCAUCCAGCGGCCCCCAGCCCGGGCAGGCUCGCCUCGCCCACCUCAGCAAAGGCCUGCCGACAAAACCGCCACCUUCCAGCACAUCGAAGGACAACACCAGGAGAUCGCCGCAGUGUCCGAGCGUGGACAUCAGCAGACCCCUCAAAGCCCUGGACGUUCCUCAGCCCAGUUCUCCUCAGCGGGUGCUCCCGCCCCUGCACCAGGCUCCUCCUGUGCCCUGCGUCCCCGCCAGACCCCUGCCGGCCAACCCUGCGCUCAGACAGGCCCAGGGAACUCGUAAGCCAAACCCUCCCCAGAAGCCUCUGCCUGCAGACCCUUUGAGCAAGACAACCCGGCUGAGUGGUGCCUCUGCCCGGCCCCUGGGCCAGCGGGAGUCCGGGCUCCGCCUGGCGCCCAUCAGACCGGCUCCCAAGCAGCCGCCUCAAGUGCCCAGACCGCCCCCACAUCGCCUAUGCUGAGUGAGAAGCAAGCUGACACCUUUUCUCAACAGUGAAGACAGAAGUUUGCACUACCCUUCAGCUCCAGUUGGAGUUCUUUUUUGUACCAACUUUUAGAAUGUUUUUUAAUGUUUCAAACACCACGAUCUGAAGAACUCUGAGCUACUGCCGUCGGUGCUGUGCUGUGCUAAGGUGCUCUGUACUUCCUCAGGUACUGUAAAUUAUUAAUUUAUGCAGAAUGCUCGCUGCAGCGCGGUGCGCUGGACGGGGCGUUUUUACCAUCACUGAGUUUUCCAUGGAAGGAAGGCUUGUUGUGCUUUUAAUAGUUUAGUGAACUUGAAAUAUCGUGCUUUAUGGGAUUCCGGACAGGAUGUUUACUUUUUGAUGGAGGCUUUACUGGAGACCAGAUCCCCAGCAACCCAUGGCUGUGGUGACGGUGCCCGACACAGCUCAAGAGACCCCAGGUAGAACCUUGAGUGAUUUCCUGGAACCCCUGAUCCCAGGUCAGAGCCUGGCUCCUGGUCCCAGCUGUGCCUGGCUUUCAGGGAUAACCUGGGCCCUGUCACAGCAGACGGGCUGGCCCACCAUGCCUACCCCUUGAAGCUCCAGGAGAGCCGGGAAGGAGGCUUCUGGCCAGGAAGCUUUGGAGAGAACCUGGGUUGCAGAAAGGAAUUUUGAGGUGUGGCCACACCAGCAUAGAUAGAGACCAAAUAUGAGGCCAGGCAGAAACUUGACCUUGAGCUCACCAGCCGAGAGCACUUUGGGAGAGCAGGCAGCAAAGUCUGCUCUACAGAAACACCAAGAACGCCUUUUCCUGGCUGCCCUCUGCAGAGCGCUGGCAUCAGCACCUCAUUUCAGUCGGGAAAGGGGCUGUUUCUACGGGAAAGCUACUGCCCAGGCGCUGCAGACACCAUCUCCCUGGACUGUUUGGAGCUAAACAAAUUACCACCUUGUCUUCUUGACUCUAAUACAAUGAUUCUGUGUUCAGACAGACAGAUGAGGCUUUCCACGGGACCAUAACUACUUUCAGAUGUGAACUAGUAACCAGAUCUAGUGAAUCAAAUCCAUAGAUAAAAAUCUCCUUCUAUUGCAAGGCUCAGCCUAUUCAAAAUUCGGCAGAAUCCCUAUGCUUGCAGAAACUACAACCAAAAGCAAUGCUGUGUUCCUUGGGGUAGGUUAUGCCUACUCUCCUUGCCAGCACAGGUGGGAUGAAGAACCAUUAAGUUACUAGUGAGUUCUCUUUGGGCCAUCCUAUUUUCCCAGCUGGGCUGCAGGAACCUUUAAAAGAUGUUUUUAGCAGAAAGUUUGAAUCUAAUUUUUAAGUACUGACAGCCUACCUGUUAUUCGAAUAUCAUAGAUUGUGAUGAGGAAAUCCAAUUCCUCAUCCUACAUAUUCAUGAAAUGCAGCCCCUUCAGCUUUCCCUCUUCAAAUGCCUGACUGGGGAGCCAUUUUCACAAGGAGAUCAUGGCGAUGCCUGGACCUAAUGGUGUGAAAUUUACAAAACUACUCAGACAAGGUAAAAUGCCUUUAUGCCUCUGUCUUCUAGUGGGGCCAGACAUGACUAGUUUUCACAUUAGAAGGCAACUGACAGCAGUUCCAUAAUUCACUCUGUUUUAUGAUAGAGCCUUCAUCUGGGGUCAUUUCAAUGGCUUUUCUAUGCCUUGAAGCAGAAAAACAAAACGUACCGAGAACCUUGGUUUGCCUUCCAGAAAGCAGGAGUGCAUCUGACUUUCCCCGUGUUCCGUCUCUAGGUAACACAGUGUUCAUGACCGUGGAGAAACUAAAUAAAGCCAUGUCACAAA